GUCCUGUCGCAAGGAGGUAGCGAUAUUGCAGAUGCCCCGGAUGCUCCCUGGGAAGUUGUUCGAUGGACAAGACUACGGAAGAUCACAUCACAAGCUUUCUCAGAAGCCGGAAGACGCAACUUUGGCCAGCCAAUUUGUUUGGCUGUUUCAUCGUCCAUCACCAUUGGCACAUCCAAAGGCCUGAUUCUGCUCUUUGACUACCACCAGACUCUCAAGGGCAUCAUCGGUCAAGGCACAAAAGCCGUCGAAUGUGGUGCAAUCACUGCCCUUGCCAUUUCUGCCGACUACUCCGCAAUUGCUGCCGGCCAUGCCACAGGCCACAUCUUCACCUGGGAACUUGCUCGUCCCGCUAAGCCCUUCUUACAUAUCCCACCUGUGCCAAGGGAAGGCCUGCCCCAUUCUCCUGAUGGCCAUGUACCCGGUCGUUCAGUCUUGCAUAUUGGCUUUCUUGGUACGCGGCGUACUGCUCUCGUUUCUGCGGAUGAUGGCGGCAUGGCCUUCUCUCACCUCGCUUCUCGUGGAAUGGGCGCAAUUUCUCGUUCGAUCAAGACUGCUCGCUUGCUUGGACGCUACCCCGUUCCUAAUCUGCAAGAAGAGGCGAGGAUAAAGCCGAGUUCUGUGCUUGCUUUCGCGCCACUGCCUCUAGGAAAUGUAGAGCAGGCUACAGAUGCUAUGGGUCUCACAGCUUUAUUAACCCCAUACUUGCUUGUUAUUGUAUCGACGACACCGAUCGCUCAAACGCAGCACAAGGCUUCAAGACCCAAAUCAAUAUCUCGUCACAGUGCCAUGAGUGGCUGUCUUGCUUGGUUUCCAGCAGUCAAGCUGAAGAGCAGCAACAGUACCACUGAGCGAGACACGUCGGAGACCAAACUCGUGUAUUGCUGGUCGAACGUUCUGACAGUACUUGACGUCGACGUCCAUGUGUCACAAGAUCCAGCAGACAAGGAGAAGCCUCCAAAUUUGUUCUUCCACUCGAGGAGCAGCUGGGAGUGCGAGGAAGCCAUUGUCGCGGUCCAAUGGUUGAGUCGAUCUGUCAUCGGUGUACUUACCAUCAGCCAACAGAUGAUCAUCAUAGAAGACGGCGAGUUACAUGUCAUGGACUCUGUGGAUCUAUUGCACAGACAAAUACAUCACCGUGACAUAUUCUCGAAGCAACUCCACCCCGUUGUCGAACAGGCUGACAACGAGCAUUCGGAAAUGCAUGGAGUCAUUGCAGAUGCUUUCUAUCAGAGUUUUCGUGUUUACAAGAAUAGACUGUUCCUUCUUGGAGCAAGCGAUCUUUCCGUCGGAACUCUUUCGAACUGGGCCGAUCGGUUGACUGCAUUGAUCGAACAUGGUGACUACAUUGUAGCUAUUCAGCUUGCUAGAGCAUAUUAUACUGGACAAGCUGGUGGCGUCACAGUUGGGUUGCCAGACAAUGCAGAUGCUCGUCACGAGUUAGUCAACGGAAGAUUGCUCGAACUCAUGUCUGCAUCAAUUCUGUUUUCCUUCUCGGAGAAUGACACCAGUGGUCGGCCGCUAUCUGAUCUAGUCGCCGAGUGCUUCGAUGCCUGCGUGAGCAUGGACAACCAGAGCUUUUUGUUUGACGACAUUUACGAGCCACUACGAGACGCGGGCCAGAGAGAGGUGUUCCUCAAAAUUCUGCAAACAUAUAUCAUGGAUGAAGAGGUCACAGCUUUACCACCCCCACUAGUGAAAGAUCUGGUGGAAUAUGCCAUCUCAAUGAACCAGGUCACUCAUCUAGAAGAGUUGCUAUGCCGGCUGGACCCACGCACCUUCGAUCUGGACCAGAUUACGACUCUUUGCAAAACACAUUAUCUAUAUGAUGCGUUGACGUUUGUCUGGAACGAGGCCUUGAACGACUACGUCACUCCUUUGUCUGAUCUGCUGGCACUCCUGCGCGAUGUCAAAGACGUCCAAGACGAGGCCGAGGAAGCAGCGUUGGAGUCAGCCGUAAAAGUCUUCCCUUAUCUGGCAUUCGUCCUGACAGGAAGGAAGUACCCGCAAGGGGACUUCCUUGAUGAUGAAAAAGCCGACAUACAGAAGGGAAACAUCUACCGUUACCUGUUCUCUCACGAACCUACUGCAUGGCCAACAGGGUCUUCGUUCAUUCUGAGAACCAGGCAAAAUCAUAUGGACGAACCUGCCUUCCCCUAUCUACGACUUUUGCUCGAGUAUGACUCGGCAAGCUUCAUGAGCAUGAUGACAGAAGCCUUCGAAGACCCUUAUCUCAACGGCUCGCAAGAAGACGACACCACAUCUGUUCAGCCGCGCACCAACGGUACUGGCCUAAAGAUCACUCGACAGUACAUUGUCAGUAUUUUACUCGAUGUCAUGUCGUCAGAUGACUUCAUUCCCGAGCAAACCAUCUAUCUUGACAUGUUCAUUGCCAGAAAUCUGCCAAAGUACCCACAAUUCAUGGUUUUGUCGAGUUCUUCAUUGCACCAAGUCCUGGAUCGUUUGUGUAGCUUCCGUGAACAUGAGUUGGCUGAUGACUGUCAACUCAGUGCCGAGUAUCUUCUCUCAGUGUACCAUCCUCCUAUCACUACUGCACUCAUCAACCAGCUCCGAGAAGCACGAUUCUACCGUGUGCUCAAGACAUUGUACAGAACCGAGCACAGACCUGUCGAUCUCAUCAACACAUAUUUCGAAGACCCGCAAGGGAAGGACGGCAUCUUCAACGAUCUGGCAUACGGUCUGCAGGAGUCACAUGAUAAGCAGAAAACACAACUAGAGGACGUCUUAUGUGACCAUGCUCAAGAGCUGGCAGCCAUCAAUACUUCCAAAACUGCACAUACACUUGCUAUGUACACUGACGAUAUGCUAGAGCGGUUCGUCGGUGCUGUGGAGGAAUCAUAUACCCGAUUCCACUUCUUGCGCACGCUGCUUGAGCCUUCGUUGCUUAGCCAUCGUGCGAAGAAGGUCGCAACCGAACCCGUGUCAGAAGCUCUGGUCUCACGCUUCUGUGAGCAGUAUGUUGAGCUCAUGUGCGUUCACGACCCUCGCCAUGUAGCUGACUAUGUUGGACUACUGAAAUCUGGCGAUCUGGAUCUCGACCGUGUGCUUCCUUCAAUGGAAGAGAAUGGCGUUGUCGACGCAGCAGUCUUGCUCAUGGCUCAGGACGGGCUGGCAAGAAAUGCUAUUGAUCGACUCUGCAAGCAUCUACAAACACUGCAGAGAGCCAUCUGCGGUCUAAUCAAAGCAGCGGCAGAGGCGCCAGACAUGCAAAGCACAGAAGAAGCCACCGACGACUUGAUAGAAGCCAUCGAGAAGUACACUCGUCUAGGCAUCUGGCUCUGCAACGGGCAGAGCGCGGCAAUGCAACAAUACCGCCAACCACGCCAGCGCACAAACGUCGCUUGGGACGUCAAAGAGACCGACCUUGAGCUCGACGAACUGCUUUGGUUGAACCUCAUCGACGCUGUCGUCUCAGUCUCCAAAUUCGUAACUGCAGAAACCAACGAGCUCAUCGACGACAACUCCUUCGACAUUGACAGAACAAACAAUGCUCUUCGCAGCACAGUCCAGCAAACUUUCACGGCUCUUCUCAGCGCCACCUCAACCACAGUAACGAAAUCUGACGAGGAUGAGCAUCACGCCACACCGCGUCGCAGUCAACACAACCAAUCCUUCCUGCACAUCUUCCGCGCCUUCCUAUCUCGUGCCUCUUCCUCCUACGCACCUACCCUAUCCGAUCUGCGUGCCGUCCUUCUCGAUGUCUUUACAGCCUAUGCUCACGAGUCCUCCGUCUUGAAUCUAGCUUCCUCUAUGCUCGACAUUGACGUCUUUGCCGACAUGGACAGCAUCCACAACCUACGGAACCAAGGCUGGCGCCCACGAACCCAAACCUGCGAGUUAUGCAAGAAGCGUACAUGGGGCACUGGAGUGGGCGCCGUGGAACAUGACCACGAAACCAUCUGGGAGGAAUUCGAACGUCUCGAGAGCGAGAGAGCAGAGAAGAAAAUCAAGACUUUCCAACCAGGCGAUAAUGGGAAAGGCAAAGGUGUGCAAGUUGGCGGGGAUGUGGAGCACAGGACUAAAGAAAGAGAAGAAGUGGUCAAGAAAAUGACGCUGGUGGUUUUUGCUUGUAGACAUACUGUGCAUAGGGUUUGUCUUGAG